GGCGGAAGGACAAGACCUCUAUCACCGUGUUGUAUUUUCCCAUCUCCCUUACAUGAUUCACAUUGUUUGUAUUUGGACCAAAAUUUUUAUUUUUCCUAAAAUCAUGUCGCAUGACCGGAAAAUGUUUAAAUCAAUAGUAAGAAACAGAACUGAUUCAAAAUAAAUACUAUUAAAUCAACUCAUACCAAUUUCAAAACAAUAUAUUCAUACCUUCUGAGUUGUGCUAACGUUUCGAACUUAUCGCAGAAUUCAUCUUCUGAGCGAUAGUUACACGUCGAAGAUGGAUAAAAUUCCACCACAGUACAAUUUGUUCACUUCAGACGAACCCUGGUUAUCAGAUAACAUGGGUAAUACUAAUGACGAUAGUUCUUCCGGUUCAAAUGAAGGGUACUCUACUUUUACGACGCCAGUCUCGCCAGUCGAAGGCAAAAUUUUCAACGUUGCCAAGUUAAUGGACAGACUAAGCGAACAAAUACUUCGAGAUAGAAACAAUCCGGAAAGUUACGCAUUGCCGUCAUCAUCGAGUAUGAGUUUUACUGAUAUAGAUAGCUUGCAUCCCCUCUCGGCACAUUCUCGAUUUCUAACGACGGAAAUGCCAGCCGAACUGCAGUCGAAUAACUCAUUAAAAAAACGGUCGUGGUUCUUUCUAGCUUGCUUCAAAUGUCUUGACUUUAUAAUCGAACCUCAGAGUUUUUGUUAUAUCACCUGGCUUAGUUUGGUGACGAUGUCAUAUUUAUACAACUGUUGGGUCAUACCAUUACGCAUCACUUUUCCUUAUCAAACCCAAAAAAACUUAUGGAACUGGAUGAUGUUAGAUUAUUGUUCUGAUGUGAUAAACUUACUGGAUACGUUUUUCAUAAAGCCCAGAGUAAUGUAUUUGAAAGAUGGCUUUUGGGUCCGAGAUUUGAAACUGAUCGAAGCCAACUACUUGGAUAAACUCCAAUCAAAAUUGGACAUCCUUUCUCUUAUACCAACAGACGUAUCUUGUCUGACGCCAUGGCUUAGUUCUGAUAUGUUACCGUUAAUGCGUUUGAACAGGAUUGUUAAGAUUCAAACGUUUUGGGAGUUUUUCGAUCACUUUGACAGCGUUUUAUCUUCUCCUUAUGUUGUUCGAGUGACCAGAACGUUAACUUAUAUGGUCUACUUGGUUCAUCUUAACGCUUGCGCAUAUUAUUAUGUAUCCGUCACCGAAGGACUGGCAUCAAAUAGUUGGGUAUUCAAUGGGCAGGGUAACGCGUAUAUCAGGUGUUUCUUUUUUGCCACCAAAACGGCCACGUCCAUCGGCAAAAAUCCUCACCCGGAAAACGAAGCCGAAUAUUUGUUCAUGACUGCCAGUUGGCUAAUGGGUGUUUUCGUAUUUGCCAUACUAAUCGGACAGAUUAGGGAUAUAAUUGCUACAGCAACGAGAUCUCAAACUGAAUACAGAAAACUCCAAGAUGAAACUUUAGAGUAUUUAAGAAAGCUGAACAUACCACCUCGUAUACGAGAACGUGUAGAACAAUGGUUUUCUUUUACUUGGGAACAACAAAGAACUCUGGAUGAAAACCGAAUUUUGGACUCGUUACCACAUAAAAUGAAAACUGACGUAGCUAUUAACGUGCACAUGAAAACGCUAAACAAAGUGCAACUAUUCAAAGAUUGCGACCAGGCAUUGUUGCGCGAACUGGUACUGAAGCUCAGACCGAUUCUGUACCUACCGGGAGAUUACAUUUGCCGCAAGGGUGAAGUAGGCAAAGAAAUGUAUAUAGUGAAGACCGGACAAGUACAAGUGGUUGGAGGUGAUAACGAUGAAGUUUUGGCUACACUCACAGAAGGUUCAGUUUUUGGAGAAAUUAGUCUUUUAAGCCUUUGUGGAACUAACCGCAGGACUGCGGACGUCAGAUCUCAUGGGUUCUCAAAUAUUUUUGUGUUGAGUAAAGAAGACUUAAAUGAGGCCAUAAAGUUUUAUCCAAAUGCUCAGGCAAUCUUAAAACAAAAAGCAAGAGAAUUGAUUCAACAGAAUGCUGCUCGGGAACACCGAAUAGUACCCAAUGAUCUGUUGGAUAACAUACGUGGAAAUAGCGCGGAGAAUUUGAUGAAAGUAAUUUAGAAAUAGAAUUUUUUAUUACUUAUAACUGUUAUGAAAAUAUUAAAUAUUAUUUUUCUAAUAAACGUGAAUGGUUCUGUGUGCCUGACAA